AACCUCUCUGGAAAGCGCGUCACCCGCUGACCGACAGUUCGCCAGUUCGUCAGUCUGCAUAGUCCACACUUGGUGGUGCUCCGUAAAGCCCAUGUCCGCGUAAUAUUUCAUACCAAGUCGGGGGGUUAAGUUUUAAGGUACUGCUUGAUCAAAUGGUGUUCUAGUGUUACGAAAUCGUGCUGUUUCUCUAUCAUUUGUGGUGCCGUGAAGUUUGUUAAGUGCUUAAGAUAAUAACUAUGUAUAUAUAUAUAUAAAUCAGUAUAUAAAUCGGUAUAGAUUAUAUAAUGCUCGAAACCGGUUUGGUGACCUAAACAAAAAUUAGUUGAACGUGCCAAAUGAUAAUCAAAAAGUUAUUGCAUUACUGGAUUUAAUUGCGCUUGGAUAGAAAUUGAACAGUUCUCCAAAUACAAAUACAAAUACAAUACUUUAAUGCAACAACAGCUACAGCAACAGCAACAGCAACAGCAACUCAUCAAUUAAUUUAAUCAAAGCCCAUAACUCAAAUUUAACGAACAAAUAAAAUUGCGAACGCAACAGCCCAAUAAAUAGAUCAAUAAAAUAAAAUACAAUCAAAUAAUAUAAAACACACAAUAUUUUAACAUAUAUAGAAACUAUCAACACGAGACUGUUACUUGAAAGAUAGGAGAGAAAGAGAGACAACGAGACAGCGAGACAACGAGAAGCAGCUGUCGUGUGACAUCUGGCAACGCUGUCAACGUUGUUCAAAGCUGUAACGGUUAUUGGCAGCAUUUUACUCACGCAAAAGCCAACCCGAAUAACGAGAGCGCGAGAGAGAGGGAGAGAGAGGAAGAGCAGGAGCAGCUGCCAGACGUACGAGAGUGAAGGGGAAAGCGCGAGCAGACCACAGCCAUGGGAAACUCGUCGUCACACACGCACGAACCACUGGAGCGCGGCUUCACACGCGGAAAAUUCGGCGAUGUUAAGAAUGGGAAAUCCGCUUCGUUCCGGUUUAGCAAGAAAUCGCCCAAAAAGAUGGAUCGUCUACGGCGCUCGUUCCGCGACUCGUUUAGACGUCGCAAGGAUCGGGUGCCCGAAUCCUCGAAGCCGCAUCAGUGGCAGGCCGACGAGGAGGCCGUGCGCUCAGCCACCUGCUCCUUCUCAGUGAAGUACUUGGGCUGCGUCGAGGUGUUCGAGUCGCGCGGCAUGCAGGUCUGCGAGGAGGCACUCAAAGUAUUAAGGCAAUCGAGGCGCCGGCCGGUGCGUGGCUUGCUCCAUGUGAGUGGAGAUGGCCUGCGUGUUGUGGACGAUGAGACGAAGGGGCUCAUUGUGGACCAGACCAUUGAGAAGGUGAGCUUCUGUGCGCCAGAUCGGAAUCACGAGCGCGGCUUCAGCUACAUUUGCCGGGAUGGAACCACUCGGCGCUGGAUGUGCCACGGCUUUCUCGCCUGCAAGGACUCCGGCGAGAGGCUGUCGCACGCUGUUGGCUGUGCCUUCGCCGUCUGCCUGGAGCGCAAGCAGCGUCGCGACAAGGAGUGCGGCGUGACAAUGACUUUCGACACAAAGAACUCGACCUUCACGCGCACGGGCUCCUUCCGACAGCAGUCGCUGACCGAGCGCCUGGCCAUGGCCACGGUGGGCAGCAACGAGCGCAGUGUGGAUGGUCCAGCGCUUCCCGGGCCGCCAGCCGCCACUGUGAAGCCGUUUAAUCCGUUCGCCAUCGAGCGGCCACAUGCCACACCGAACAUGCUGGAGCGGCAGAGCUCCUUCCGGCUAAGCACCAUCGGCAGCCAGUCGCCAUUCAAGCGCCAGAUGUCGCUGCGUCUCAACGAUCUUCCGUCCAAUGCGGAUAGGCAGAAGGCCUUCCUGGCCGCUGCCGCCGGCAAUCCAAAUCCACACGCGCUGCACACUCCGCUGCGCAGUGUUUCGCCCAUUGCGGAGGUCUCGCCGGCCAAGACGGGUGGCGAUCCGGCCAUCAUGGCCGCCGACACGGUUAGCCAGCUGUGCCAGGAGCUCAGCCAGGGACUGUCCUUGCUCACGCAGACAGACACACUGCUGGCAGCUGGGGAUGAUCUGAAUUUCAACAACAACCGCAGCAUCAAUCAGAACAUCAUUGCCGCCGAGAAGCAGCAGCAGGUAAUCUCGUACAGCACCAGUGGCAGCGGCAGCAACAGCGCCAGUGGCACGCCCACAGCUCAAGUGCCACCUCGCGUGGCCAGCAUGCCGCCGCCAGUGCACUCGCCCAAGCGUACCAGCUUCGAGCCGGUCGCCGAUGCAGUCGAGCUGCCUAAUGCCGAACAGUGGCUGGGCCAGGUGGUGCGCACCACUUCGCCUGCUAUACCACCUAAACGGCCCAGCUACUUGGCGAACGUGGGACGUGCUCAGACCAUGGCGGCGAGUGCCUCGAAUGGCGGUGGUGCAGGAGCCGAUCCCGAUCCCUUUGACGCAGAGUGGGCAGCCAAUGUGGCAGCGGCUAAGAAAAUGUCGCCGGAUCUGCCGGGAACGGCAACCGGAUCGGGCAUGGGUAUGGGCAUCAACAGCAGCAGCAACAGGCACAGCACGAAUCCGUUUAUCUCACCGCCGAAGGCGUCAGCGCAAACGUUCCAGGUGCAGCUGUAGGAUGGUG